CACGACCAGUUCAUUUCCAUACACUUGCGUGGGUUCGAUGGCAACUUUACACAAACCGCUGAUUUAACUACACAUCCGGGCGUGAUAUAACGUGCUAUAACAAAGCACAGACCCUGAGCACAUCAUCAGGACUCAUUACACCAGUGUCUGGAGAACAUCAGGAAAAUAAGUCCCUGUCCAGAUGCUGAAGUAAAACCAGUAUAACUCACUCAUUCACUCACUUUUUAAAAUAUAUCUGAAUGAAUAUGUUUUACAGGAUGGUCGGACGGGAGGAGAUGCUGAUCCUGUGCUGCCUGAUGAGUUCUGCUCACGGGGCGAAUCCUGCAUGGUUCCAGAACAUCUCCACAAAUCUCUUUAAGUCUCCUGGAGAUAUUCUACUCGGCGGAUUGUUUCCCAUUAACCAGCUGACCAGCGGCCUGAAAGAGAGAGUGGAACCGGACGAUAUUUCCUGCAAAAGCGUCGAUCAGUAUGGCCUCGCGCUGGCACUAGUGAUGAAGUACACGAUUGACGAGAUCAACAACACGCCCAACCUUCUACCUAACGUCAAGCUGGGCUUUGAAAACUAUGACGACUGCGGACAGUCUGCGAUCAUCAUGAAGCCCACGCUGCGGUUCUUCACCACGGCCGACUCGGACGACGUGGAAGUUAUGUGCAACUACACCGAGUACAUGACCAGAGUUCACGCGGUGAUCGGACCGUACAGCUCCGAGAUGACUUCGGUCAUCGGCCAGCUGGUGAGCUUUUUCUUGAUGCCGCAGGUCAGCUACAGAGCCACCAGUGAUGGGUUCAGCGAUAAGCUGACAUACCCGUCGUUCAUGCGCACCGCCCCCAGUGACAGCUGGCAGGCCUUGGCCAUGGUCCAGCUGCUUCAGCAGUUCGGAUGGAACUGGGUGGCGGUGAUCGGCAGCGACGAGACGUACGGCCAACAGGGCCAGCAGCAGGUGUCCCAGAACGCCGCCAACGGGGGCAUUUGCGUCGCCUACGAAGGGCUAAUACCAGUCUAUGAAAACCCAGUGCCUGUGAUAAGUGAGAUCCUGGAUGGCAUAGUGGAGGCCAAAGUGGGCGUAGUGGUGGUGUUUGCAUCCGCCUCAGCAAGCGCCGCCUUCUUCACAGAGGUAAUCAGGAGGAACAUGACAGGAGUCUGGUUAGCUAGCACGGCGUGGGCUGUACACAGCAGCAUCGUCACCCUGCCUGGCAUCAAGACCAUCGGCACAGUGCUGGGCUUCACCGACAUGACCCGCCCCAUCGACCUGCUCAGCCCCUAUGUUCAGCAGCUCUUCACUAAGAUGGAGCAAGAAAGAUUCCAAAUGCAGAUCACACCCCCGAAUCCUGACGUCUCCCCUCUGGAGAACCCUUGUCCAGCAUGCUGGAGCCUCUCUCCAUCAAACGUGAGCAUCGUGCAGACCGAGCUGGUGCGGCGCACCGCCUUCAGCGUCUACACUGCCGUCUACAGUGUGGCUCAGGCCCUGCACAACAUGCUCGGCUGCAACGCCAACAGGUGCACCAGACAUCCCAACAACGAAAAUAUCUACCCCUGGCAGUUGCUGCCAUGGGUGCAGAAAGUUUCCCUGAAUCUAAACGGCGCAAAUAUCAGCUUCGACGCUGAGGGAAACCCAAAUAUCGGCUACGAUCUGUUAGAAUGGGUUUUUCAGAACAGCACCAUCACCUUCAGGAACAUCGGGACCUUCUUCCAGAACCUUACGAUUGAUAAGAAGCUCAUUAAAUGGCACACAGCAAAUAAUACAGUCCCUACGUCUAGAUGCUCCUCGGACUGUCUGUCAGGACAAGUGCGCAUCGUUAAAGGAUUUUAUUCAUGCUGCUUUGAUUGCAGUGACUGUUUAGAGGGAACGUAUCAAAACAGAACAGACGACAUUCAGUGCACCAAAUGUCCUCCCCGGCAGUGGUCCACCUUUCGCAGUACCAGCUGCGUCUUUCCCACCUACCAAUACCUGGCAUAUUCAUCUUUUGAAUCGGUGGCUCUAAUACUGGCUGGACUUCUGCUGCUGUCCUGUCAGGCAGCAAUGGGCAUCCUGUUCUUCCAGCACAGAGGCACGCCACUCCUGAAAGCAUUAGGAGGACCUCUGUGUGGCUUGGGUUUGAUGAGUCUGAUGGGAAGCUGUAUCAGCCUUGUGUUGUUCCUGGGUCAGCCGAAUGAUGUCAUUUGCUGCAUCCAGAUACUCCUCUAUGUCAUGUUCCCCACUGUGGCCUUGUCCACCAUCCUGGCUAUCUCCAUGCAGAUUGUGUAUGUCUGCGAGUUUCCUGAAAAAGCUCCAAACAACAUGGAAAACCUGCAAGGUCUCGGAAGCUGGAGUCUGGUGCUAGCGUGUUGUGGCGUUCAAUCGGGUCUUGUUGGCUGGUUUAUCAUUGAAGGGCCUUCGCUCACUAAGUGGGUAGACAAUCUGGAAGUGAAUUUUGUGACACAAUUCCUGCCCUGCCCUGUGGAACCCAUACUGAACUUUGGCCUCAUGCUGGGUUUCAACGGCCUGCUAGCCUUGGUCUGCUUUAUGUGCACCUUCAUGGCGCCGAAGCCGGUCAGGCAGUAUAACUUUGCCAGAGACAUAACCAUCGCCAGCUUGAUCUACUGUGUCAUAUGGGUCAUAUUUAUCCCAAUCUAUGCCGGCCUGGGUGACAAAGAGAAGACGAUUGCUCGAGUUGUGUUUACUUUAAUUAGCAACACAGCACUCACGUUAGGUUAUUACCUUCCAAAGUGUCACCUCCUGGUCAAGGAACCAGAUCUAAACAAAAAUGAAUACUUCGCUUCAAUCUUAGAGGGAAUUCCACCGAUACCACCCGAGGAGCCGCCGCAUGAUAAAAAUAAGCAAGAUAAUAAAAAAGAGGACAGUAAAAAGGGGGAUCAGAAUGAGAGGAUAGAAAAAGAGGAAGGCAAAGAGGAGAGUAAGCAAGAAAAUAAAGAGGAUAACAAUUAACCUGUUACAUAAGCAAUAGACAUCUAGGCAGAGGUGGAAAAUGUGCUGUGAAGUUUUAUUUAAAAUCGUACUCCAAAUAUAUCCAGUAAUCGUUAGUUGGUCACGCUGGUUUUUCAAUAGAGACAUAUGAAAAAUAUGUAUUGUGUAUUAAUGAGGUUGGCCCAUGGACACUCGUCCUCAAGUUCAGUGCAGAGGCUUAUAGCAUUAACUACAUUGCUUAGCAUUAAAAAAGGACAACAAAUCGACACGUUUCUUAAAUCUUUUUCUCCAGAUUAUUGAACAUGGGAUUGGAUGCUUUAAUCUGAAUUGAAAAGAAAAUCCACUGGAUUGUGUUUGAUUGUCGUAUACCGUACUGUAUUUGCUGGAUAAGUCAAGUAGAAAUCUCUUUUACUCUUAAAUAAUGAAAGAAAUGAGUACUAGCUUUAAAAAAAUACUCAAGUGAAGUAAGAAAGAACACCAGAAAUAACACUUCUGCAAGGCAGUAUACAUCCUCAGCUAUUUUCCAGCCCUGCAUCAAGGCUUAUUAAAGCCACUUCAAUGCUAACAAAGGAACUGUAAAUAUACACACUAUAAACACUUAUAUAAAUAUAUAUGUGUGAUUUAUAUCAGGUCUGUUACACUCCUAA